CGCUUCCCCAUCAGGGCCGGCCGUGCCGGGCGCUGCCGCUGCUGGGAGAUGUAGUCCCUCCCUCCCACAGCCAUGGCCGCCCGCUGAGCGGCUGGAGCAUGUGAGGAGCUGCCUGAGGAAUCACUCGUAUUUUCAUUUCAGCUUCUUCAGAUGCUUCUGCCCUGGUCUGUGCCUUUAGAAGUGUGACGCUCGUUGGUGCUGGGCGCAGGAUCGGUCUGCAGCCAGGAUGGUGGCGUUUAACUGGAAGGCUUUGGAGAAUUUCCCACUGCUGAUGUACAUUUUGGCAGCUAAAACAUUGAUUCUUUGCUUAGCGUUUGCUGGUGUAAAAAUGUACCAGAGCAAAAAAAUUGAAGAAAAAUUGAAGAGGGAACGUGAAGAGAAAUUGAAAAGAGAAGCAGAGAAGAAGGAUGAUUGAAGAGUCAGAUUUUCUGACACUUGGCAGCUUGCUUGGAUUCCUUUCCUGGGAGAACGAAGGCUUCCCGUAGAUGAAGGAUGUGUCAAAGGAAUAAAACCCUCAAGAGUAACAUUCACUUAAACUGUAUCUCAACUUUUUAUACGUACAGCAAAAUAUCUAAGCCUCUAUUUAUGCAAUAAAAAACUUUGUAAAAAAAAAAAAAAA